CUUCCGGGUCUGUCACGUGAUUCCCCUGCAGCACCAUGGCGGAAGCUGAGGAGCAGGAAACUGGGUCUGUUGAAGAAUCUACAGAUGAAUCUGAGGAAGAAGAGAGUGAAGAGGAACCCAAGCUGAAAUAUGAAAGGCUUUCUAAUGGGGUGACUGAAAUUCUUCAGAAGGAUGCAGCCAGCUGCAUGACAGUCCACGACAAGUUUUUGGCACUGGGCACACAUUACGGCAAGGUUUAUUUACUUGAUGUCCAGGGAAACAUUACUCAGAAGUUUGAUGUAAGUCCUGUGAAGAUAAAUCAGAUUAGCCUGGAUGAAAGUGGAGAGCACAUGGGCGUGUGUUCAGAGGACGGCAAGGUGCAGGUGUUUGGACUGUAUUCUGGAGAAGAAUUUCAUGAGACUUUCGACUGUCCCAUUAAAAUCGUUGCUGUGCACCCACACUUUGUGAGAUCCAGUUGUAAGCAGUUUGUGACUGGAGGGAAGAAGCUGCUGCUGUUCGAGCGGUCCUGGAUGAACAGGUGGAAGUCUUCUGUCCUGCAUGAAGGGGAAGGGAACAUCCGCAGCGUGAAGUGGAGGGGCCAUCUGAUCGCCUGGGCCAAUAAUAUGGGUGUGAAGAUUUUUGAUAUCACCUUGAAGCAAAGAAUCACCAAUGUGCCCCGGGAUGACGUAAGCCUCCGCCCAGAUAUGUAUCCCUGCAGCCUCUGCUGGAAGGACAGUGUAACCCUGAUUAUUGGCUGGGGGACUUCCAUCAAGAUAUGCUCGGUGAAGGAACGGCACGCCAGUGAAAUGCGAGAUCUGCCAAGUCGCUAUGUUGAGAUAGUGUCUCAGUUCGAAACUGAAUUCUACAUCAGUGGACUUGCGCCUCUCUGUGACCAGCUUGUCGUACUUUCCUAUGUAAAGGAGGUUUCAGAAAAGACGGAAAGAGAAUACUGUGCCAGGCCAAGACUGGACAUCAUCCAGCCGCUCCCCGAGACUUGUGAGGAGAUCUCCUCUGACGCUUUGACAGUCAGGGGCUUCCAGGAGAAUGAGUGCAGGGAUUACCAUUUAGAAUAUUCCGAAGGGGAAUCACUCUUCUACAUCGUGAGUCCGAGGGAUGUCGUCGUGGCCAAGGAGCGAGACCAGGAUGAUCACAUCGACUGGCUCCUCGAGAAGAAGAAAUAUGAAGAAGCUUUGAUGGCAGCAGAAAUCAGCCAAAGGAACAUUAAAAGACAUAAGAUUCUGGAUAUCGGAUUGGCAUAUAUAAAUCACCUGGUGGAGAGGGGAGAAUAUGACAUAGCGGCACGCAAAUGCCAGAAAAUUCUUGGGAAAAAUGCAGCACUCUGGGAAUAUGAAGUUUAUAAAUUUAAAGAAAUUGGACAGCUUAAGGCUAUUAGUCCUUAUUUGCCAAGAGGGGAUCCAGUGCUGAAACCACUCAUCUAUGAAAUGAUCUUACAUGAAUUUUUGGAAAGUGAUUAUGAGGGUUUUGCUACAUUGAUCCGUGAAUGGCCUGGAGAUCUGUACAACAAUUCAGUAAUAGUUCAAGCAGUUCGAGAUCACCUGAAGAAAGAUAGUCAAAACAAGACUUUACUUAAAACCCUGGCAGAAUUGUACACCUAUGACAAAAACUAUGGCAACGCUCUGGAGAUCUACCUAACACUGAGACAUAAAGAUGUUUUCCAGUUGAUCCACAAGCAUAAUCUUUUCAGCUCUAUCAAGGACAAGAUAGUUUUAUUAAUGGAUUUUGAUUCAGAGAAAGCUGUUGACAUGCUUUUGGACAAUGAAGAUAAAAUUUCAAUUAAAAAGGUAGUGGAAGAAUUAGAGGACAGACCAGAGUUACAGCAUGUGUACUUGCACAAGCUCUUCAAGAGAGACCAUCACAAGGGGCAGCGCUACCACGAGAAGCAGAUCAGCCUCUACGCAGAGUACGACCGGCCCAACUUGCUACCCUUUCUCCGAGAUAGCACCCACUGCCCGCUGGAAAAGGCUCUGGAAAUCUGUCAGCAGAGAAACUUUGUAGAAGAGACAGUUUACCUUCUAAGCCGGAUGGGCAACAGUCGAAGCGCCCUAAAGAUGAUCAUGGAGGAACUGCAUGAUGUGGAUAAAGCAAUUGAAUUCGCCAAGGAGCAAGAUGAUGGAGAACUCUGGGAAGAUCUCAUUUUAUAUUCCAUUGACAAACCACCAUUUAUUACUGGCUUGUUAAACAACAUCGGCACACAUGUUGACCCAAUUCUACUGAUUCACCGAAUUAAGGAGGGAAUGGAGAUUCCCAAUCUGAGAGACUCAUUGGUAAAAAUUCUGCAAGACUACAAUUUGCAGAUUCUGCUGCGGGAAGGCUGCAAGAAGAUCCUCGUCGCGGACUCCCUGUCCUUACUGAAGAAGAUGCACCGAACUCAAAUGAAAGGCGUUCUGGUUGAUGAGGAGAACAUCUGCGAGUCCUGCCUGUCCCCCAUCCUCCCUACAGAUGCAGCCAAGCCCUUCAGCGUGGUGGUCUUCCACUGCCGCCACAUGUUCCACAAGGAGUGCCUGCCUGUGCCCAGCGUGAAUUCUGCACAGUACUGCAACAUCUGCAGCGCUAAGAACCGCGGGCCCGGAAGCGCGAUUCUGGAGAUGAAGAAGUAGCCCGCUUCUCAGGUCUGCUCCCCACCACUCUGUGAGGCUGCGCCUGCCAGAGCUGUUCAGAAACUCGCUCACGCCUGUGUGCGUGCAAACGGUUCCUGCACCCUGCGCGUGUGCACUGGUGUCCCUUUGCUGUGGACAGAGCAGUCGGGCUGUCCCGUGCCUAGAGAUUCCUGGCUGCAAUCACUGUCUUGUCAUCUGCUUACUGGGCGCAUUCUUUUCCAACUGGGAGCUACUGAGAAUGUCUCGCUGUUUCGGGACAGGGCCAGCUGCAGUGGCCCCCGUGCUCACUGCUGCCACCACACGCCCUGCACUGUGCUUGCUUCCCCGUCUCAGCUUUUUUGACGUCAUCACUCGGUGACCAUCCUAAUGGGCCUUUAAGGAAACACUGUGCACCUUCUCAUUCAUUCCGAGACAUCUGGGAACUGCACUGGAUGUGGCUGGUGGCAGCUUUGUGCUUACUCAUUCUUGUGUUCUGUGCAUGCUGAUAACCAGCCGGUGUCUGGGCCUAUCAGGUGCUCAGCAUUUGUUGACUGAAUAAAUGUUAGCUCUUUUCAUUGCA